AGUGCGCUUAGAUUUGAGGAGGGAAAUAUUUUACAGUCGUACUAAUGUAAAUAAAUAUGAGCUAGCGUGAGUUAGCUUGUUAGCUGGCUGGGUUUAUGAAUGUUUAUGGAUUAAAUAUUCUAGAUUUUAUCAUUUUACUCCGUUUGUGGGCUACAUAUACAGAAGACAUGGAGGAUGGAUAACUAUAUACUGAUCAGAAUUGGUCCAGCUGGUCUGAUGUUUUUAAAGCAGUGAGAGACGAUGGUGUCCCGGAAGCAGAAGAAGGCAUGGCGGUACGUGGAGGAGGGAGGCCUCCUAAAGCUGAAGUCGUACCUGCGUAAACACAAAGAUAUUGAUGUUAACUUUACUCAGGGGAAAAGGCAGAGGAGCCCUCUGCACCUCGCCUGCUCUCAGGGGGACGACGGCAUCCUCAGACUGCUGCUGAAACACGGAGCAGAUCCACUUCAGAGGGCGAGAGACGGAAACACCCCGCUACACCUGGCAGCCAAGAGAGCUCUCAAAUACGGCAAACGAGAUUAUGAUGACCUGGUCGUUCCUUUGAGGAAGCACUGUCCUGCUGCUCUGGACACACCCAACAAAGCUGGAGUCACUCCUCUGGAUCUUCUACAAGGAAUAAGAUUUGGACAGAAUGGGGGUGAGGGAGGAUAUUCUCCUCAGCCUGCUGAUCCAGAGCGAGAGUGGAGGGAGAAGCUGUUUGGGGAAUGCCAGGACGAGUUCUUUGAGACAUUUGGGCAGUAUGAUGAUGAUUUUCUGCGUGAUGAUGAAGAUGAGGAAGAUUUUGGGGACUGGGCGGAGCGGAUCAGACGGGAAUACGGAGCGAAGCAGCAUGCCAGAGCACAGAGAGAGGCUUCAAAUUCUCACAGCAAGAAGAGAAAGCAGAAGGAGGAGCCAGAGGAGGAGGAGAGGAGGCGCCGGGAGCUCAACGCCAGGCUCGAGAAGGAGCACCAGGAGUAUCUUCAGCGUGCUAAACGAAAGGAGGAGGAGACGCGUCAUGGGAAGAAGAAACGCUACGAGGAACGCUGUGCCGAGACUUUCCGUAGCUCCGUCUCUUCCGGAGCAGAGACCAGCGGGCUGCUGGGAUACGACGACAUCCCCUGGCCGGCUCCCCGCGGCUCUCUGGACGAGAUGUUAGCUGUGGUGCUGCAUGGUGUGGACCGAUCCGAUGUCCCCUCUUUCCGGAAGCUUCUCCGAAAGCAGCAGGCCCUCUGGCACCCGGAUAAAUUUGCCCAGCGCUGUGGAGGGAGGCUGCAGGAGCGAGACAGGCAGAAGAUUCUAGAUACCGUCACAGCUCUGUCUCAGGAGCUCAACAGACUGGCUCAGAGCCUCAGAUGACAAUGCUGAUAAUAACUUGUUAAUGAAUUAACCUCAAAACUGUACUUUUAUUGGUUGACCAAUAAAAUCCAUCUAUUAAAAUAAGAUUUACACAC